CCAUUAAAUAGCCCCACAUUGACAUGGAUGUGUUUUUUCGUGUUCAAAGAAAUCUAUGUUUUUUUUUAAAUACCGUAUGUGUCGUUAGUAGUAAUAAUACUGCGAACGGCGCUUGCCAAUUAACGCCUCGCUUAAUAAUUUUCACGGCUUGAAUCUCACUCCUUUCUGAACGUCUCUUGGUGGAACUGAAGCGGUUGGACAGGACCGUGAGGGAUAAUAACUAGGACGGACAAUAAAACUAUGGCAACAUGCUUCCAGACCUGCUGAUCAUUUCCAGCACUUUUUUUAAAAUCUAAAGUGCUUACCAUGGGUUCUUCCUUACCUAGAAUGUCCGUGCAUGAGAUGUGGUGAUUUAUCGGUGUGAUAGUUGUGAAGACAGUGUUUUUGGCCUUUUCGUCACAGAGAUCUUUUGACAUUGUCCAAUUAAAAUGAUGCAACAAACAACAAAAUGGAGACAACCAAAAGCUUGAAGCGUUUAUUUGUUGGGGGGUUGCAUCACAUGGUUUCUGAAAGUGAAAUUAAAGAAAGAUUUAGCACAUUUGGAGCUGUGACAGAUGUGGACAUUGUGUUCAGGAAAGACAGUGAAGGAAAUCCUGUGAAGACCUUUGGUUAUGUUAAUAUUAGAACCUCAGAAACUGAAUUAAAACGAUGUAUGUCAAUCCUGAAUAAAUCAAAGUGGAAAGGUGGAACACUGCAGAUUGAAUUAGCCAAAGAAUGUUUCUUACAUAAGCUUGCUCAAGAGCGACAGGAUGCAGCUAAAAAUAAGCACAAACCUCAAGUUGAUAAUGUAGCAAAAGUGGUAGAGUCUCUGAAGAAAGCUGGUGUUGAAAAUUUCAAGAUCAGAUCGGCUGUACCAGGAACUGAAGUGCCCGAACACAAGGACUGGAUUGUGAGCAAAUUUGGAAGAGUGUUGCCCAUUCUUCAUCUACGACAAAAAGAUCAAAAGAAAAUAGUAAAGUAUGAUCCUUCUAAAUAUUGUCAUAACAUCAAGAAACUUGAUCAGAUGUCAAAUUUCGAAAUCAAAACCUCAGUAACUAACCUGACAUGGCACCUUGAAGAAACAGAUGAUGAGGAAAUGAGUAAGAAAAGACGAGGGGACUUCCCUACUCCUACGCAGCCUGUUAAGAGAAAGAAGCUAUCUGUCAACAAAUACAAUAUGAAGGAUUCCAGUGAUUCUGACAGCAAUUUCCAAGCAAAUAAAAUGUCUUCAAACACAGUUGAACAUUGUGGCAAAAGAGGAUCUAAUAAGAAUGAGUUGAUUGGUGCAACAGGGAGCAGGGUUAUUUUCUCUAAAUCUGCUCGUUGUGCAGGUUCCAUGAAUCAAAACUCUGGCAGACAAGAAACUAUUGCCUCUAACAAAAGCAAUACUUGGUCUAAAGCUCAAGUGACAUAUUGUGAUUCUGACUCUGAAGAACUGGAAUUGAUUAUUGAAAGAGAGAAAAUUAAAAUUGAAGAGCUUAGUCAGACAGAUGAAAAACUACAAGACAUGCCUUUGGAGGUGGUUGGUAAAGAUUACGUUUUAAAACAUCAAACUCAUUGGGCAUUAAAUGACUCAAAGAAAGACAUGUUGAAAGACAUUAGCAUUAAUCACACAUCAAAUGACAAUGGUAGUGAAUCUGAUUCUGCUGAUACUGAUGAAAUCAUCUCUACAAAAAUGAUUCCUCCCAAAGGCUUUCCAAAGACAAAAUCUAGUAAAAAAUCAGAUUCAGAGAACUCCAAGACUGAAGGUUAUCCUAUGAAAGAGGAGUCUGAAUCUAAUAGUAAUAUCGGUAAUGAAGAUUCGGAAGAAAAGAGUUCUGAAUCCAAUUUGGAUUCUGAUUAUGAAGAAAUGAUCAGUAGCUGUUACCGAAUAGACCUAUCACUAACUGAUCUUGAACAGCUGGCAAAUAGUUCGUCAAAAGCUAAGAAAGAAAACAGCGAUUCAGAAGAAGAAAGUGAAUUGGACUUUCCUAAAAGAAACUCAUUACAGCCCCCUGAAAUAAACCCAUUGCCAUCUGCUUCAGGUGCAAAAAUUUCCCAGAGCAUGCCUGUCUUGAAGGAAAAUACCAUACAUAAUAGCAUGGUAUCAGCUAUUCAGGAUGAAGACAGCAGUGACUGUGAAACAACACCAAACAAACAGCUGAUUAACCCACCUCCUUUUAAAGGCACACAGUGCAUCUUCAAGGUAAUGGAAGAAAAUAGCGAAGGAGAUAAAGUAAUGAGUGAUCAAUUCCUUUGGAAAGUGAAGAGGAACUUGGAUAAAGAAUCAUGCAGUGAUUCUGCAACCCCACCUGUUAACAAAAAACAGAAAAUUCAUCGAACUAACAAUGUGCUAUCCUCUGAUUCUGAUAAUGAUAUGAAAAGUAAUUGCAGGCCACCACCAUUUAAAGGAACAAAAUCUCUUCAGUUCACCACAACCACCAUGGACAUUCCUAGCCACAGGCUUCAUCUUGGUAUAUCUGAAACUAAUGAAGAAAAGUUGCAAUCUGGAAUGCACAAACUGUGUAAGUCCACACUACCAAAUGGAGAUAAAUGCGGUGAUUACAAAGACUCCAAUGAAGAAAUAAAAGCUGUAAAACAAAACAUGGUGCAUAUAAAACCAACCAACUCUCCAAAGAUUGAACCCUCAGCUUUAAUUGUUGCUGAACGCAGCCAUGUGAAAGAAAAGAGAGAAUAUAAAGUUCAAAUUGAUGGAGGGCAUGCAAAGUGUUUAUUGAUUAAAAACAAACCAAAUAUUUCCCUCAGCAUUGAGAAUAAUGCUUGUGGUUUAGCUGCAGGAGUUCCUCGAAAUUUGGAUAAACAUUUAUUGGACAAUCAGAAAAGACUGGCUGCAUUACACGAGAAACAGAAAGGGACUGAAAUGCAGAAGAAACUCAUUCAGGGGGCCCUCUCCAAUUUGGACCGUCAGAAACCUGACAAAGGGAAGCACAUUGUCUUUGAUUUUGAGGAAGAGAGUGAAAACAGGGCAUUGCUUGAAGAUAUUAGAGGCAGUUCUAAAACAGAAGUUGCAAACCUAUCAGCAGAAGAAGGUGAAGAAAGCAAAGAAAAAUGGCAUGCUGCAAAAGUUUUUGAAAGUCGAACCAUUGGGAAAUUAUUUGAUAGUGAAGAGGAGGAGGAUGAUGAAGGUGACAGAGAUGAAGAACACAAUGGAAGAUUCAAAAUUAAGCCUCAGUUUGAAGGAAAAGCCGGUCAGAAGUUGUUGGCCUUACAAUCACGAUUUGGGACCGAUGAAAGAUUUCGCAUGGAUGAACGAUUUUUGGAAAGUGAAGAAGAAAAUACAGAAGGAUCUGUUACAGUUAAAAGCCAAUAUUCUGAGGAUGAAGAGUUUGCUGAAGAGAAAAAGAGAGCUUUGGACAUCUUAACAAGUGUUAUCCAAGUCAGUGAUGAAAAGACUGAAAUCAGGAAAGAACAAGCAAAAUUCAAAAAAUUCAGAGAUGUCUCUGCUCUGCAUUAUGAUCCCACAAGAGAAGAUCAUAUAGUCUUUGAAAACAAGGUUGAGGAAUCCAAGAAAGAAAGCAAAUCAGAAAGAAGAAAAAGGAGAGAAGAGGCUGAGAUGCUUCCGGAAGUAUCAAAAGAAAUCUAUUAUGAUGUUAACAUGGGCUUGAAAGAAAUGUUCAGUUCCAGGACAAAAGAAGAAGAAGAAGCAUGGGAUAUGGAAGAUGACAGAAAGGAUCAAGCUGAACCUGUUGAAUCUACUGAGACUCAGACCACCCAGCUCACUUUUGAUUGCCUUUCCAGUAGUAAUCUGAAAAAAGAUUCAGCUGAUUUUACAUUUUCAUUUUUUGAGGCUGCAACUCCUAGCAGUCAAAAGCCAGAAUUCUAUAAGAUCGAGUCAAAAAAUAUGACAACAUUUCCGUGGCAAGAAGAUCCUCGAUUCCAAGACCACUCCUCUGAAGAUGAGGAUGAAAGGAAAGAUUUAGAAGAUUGUGGAGAUAGCACAGAAAAAAAUGUGGUAACAUUUCCUGAAACGAAAGUAGAUUUAUUUUUCUUCUUCAAAGAUGACCAAAGACUAAAAGAUGGACCUAAACUAUUUUGUCGAACUACAGACCUUGAAGAUGAAAGAAAUAACUGGGAAGAAAAGCGAACUUUACUAAUUGAGGAGUUCCGAAAGAAGCACAAAGAAGCUAAACGGAAAAUAAAAGCCAAGCAGUAGAUCUGUAUUCAAUUCAUGGGAGUAAUAUGGUGUGCAUUCAGCAGAUCUUUCUGUAUACUAUGAACAUCUGAAUAUUUUUGCUUGCCUAUUUUGGUCUGUUUCAAAGACAGUACAAUAAGUAUUUUGUUAUUUUAGCUCUUGAAAUCAUUACCCAGUGUACUUGCCAUGAAUUGGUGAGACAUAGAUUCAUACUGUAUCAUAUUGUAAUUGUACACAGGAUGGCUACUAAUCUUGAUUGAACUAACCUAGCAGUUUGAGAUGAGAUAAAACUCUUCCCCACAAAGCAAGAAAGAUCAGCAGAUUGCUCUUGUGCAUUUUCAAGUCAUCUUCUCUGCAUCUCUUUGUAAGAUCUGUAAGAGUAUUGCACAUUAGUGGUACUGGUGGGGAAAGGACUUAAAACUAGUCUUUUUUAGAUGAUGAUGCACUGCAAUUUUUGUACAACAUAAAAUAAAGUUAAUUUGCCUAACGUGA